AUGUAUGGCCUCAUACCCGACGACUGGGGCGCCUACGCCCGCCCCUGUGUCACCGAGCUCGCCGCGCCGCUCGAGUGCCUCAAGGCGCUCCACCUCCGCCGCAUGGUCGUCACGGACAACGACCUCGCUGAGCUCGUCCGUGCCAGGGGCCACAUGCUGCAGGAGCUCAAGCUCGACAAGUGCACCGGCUUCUCCACGGAUGGACUCCGCCUCGUUGCCCACUCCUGCAGGACUGGUAAAUGCCAGAAUCAUGCAUUGCAAUGUGGUGCUGGUAUUGGCAUAUUUCUUCUAGUGAGGAAAACAACAAUCCUGUUGCAGCGAUCUGCUCGUCUGGCCUUUUGGCCGUCUCUAUACCUUGAUUCUUUUGGAGAGGAGCUGUUUGUUACAUUCUCCGCUUGA